CAGUUAAAACCUUCAACCACAUAUCAACAUUACGUCCUCCGGAGGUUCAACUGAGAGAAUUUGAGGUCAUGAGGCAUUAAUUGAUUUCUUUAAAUUGAUGCAUAAAUAGCUGCUUCUGAUCUACGGGAUUCACCUACGAUAUUUGAAACUGUAGUGUUUUAAUCCAUGUGUCCUAUUUACAUUAAGCUUUCGUUAUUUUACAUUAUUGGUCCACUAUUCUGCAAUAAUAUAUUAUAUAUUCCCAAUAAUAAUUGUUUUCCACAUGAAAGCAAAUGGUAAUUUGUCAUUCCCUCAAUAAAUAUUUAUGCAAUAAUUAAAAGUGCAUUAAAUGUGAUGCUAAUUAUCGAUACUUUCGAGUGCUUAAUUGGUUAGUAAUAGUUCCUCUGAGAUCAAUUUGACUGUAGAUAACAUGCUUUAAUUAAUAUAUUAUAAAGUAAGCGUAAUUUAUAACUAGUCAGACUGUCAGACGGGAAUAACAUCGAGCCAUUUGGAUUGCAAAUUUCGAAAUUAAACAGUCUCUACAACAGUAAAUUUUUUUUAUUCCAAAAAUUAUUUGUUCGCUACGGCAAGAAAAAUCCACUUCAAAGUUAUAAAUUGAUAUAACUCUUAAUUUCUACAUAUUUCGGUUGUCUAUAAAAUAUAUGUAUAUUUCUGAGGUCAUAGCUUGCUUUGGAUAAAACAUUGCGUCAAAGUUAGGAUUAAAAAACCGAAAGAAGUAAAUUAUUUUUGUUAUUAUCCUGAUAUUUGAACGGGAAUUUCGCAUCGAGGUUUUCAUUUAGGCCAGAAAUCAAAAACUGUUAACAUUUUUUAUGCAUUUUAUGUCAGGAGCUCAUUGCAUUCCUUACUUCUAGUGAUUAAAAUGGUAUAUUCUUGAGGUGCUAUGAACGGUUUGAGCUUUUUUGAAACAAACUGUGGUAUAGAUUGCCUUUCAAAUUUUUAGGGCCAAAAAUCAACUUUCGAUUUGGUAUAGUUGGCGACCCUUUAUUAUAGCGCAGUUAUAACACAAUGUUUAUGAUCAAAGAUUUGAAUUUUUCAGAUAUUUAAAAAUUAAAGUUCAUUGAACUUCUACAAAAGAAACUAUUCGUACAGCUAAAUUACUCGAAAAGUCUUUGAAAAAUCAAUAAAUCCUGAGCGUAUUAUAAUAAGUAACUAUAUUUUUUUGUGUGUUUUUUCAUCCGGAUAUAGUUGGCGACCCUUUAUUAUAGCGCAGUUAUAACACAAUGUUUAUGAUCAGAUAUCAGAAUUUUUCGGAUAUUUAAAAUAUAAAUUUCAUUCCAAUUCUACUAAAGAAACUAUCCGUACAGCUGAAUUCCUCGAAAACUCUUUGAAAACUCAAUAAAUCCUGGACGUAUUAUAAUAAGUAACUCUAAUAUUUUUGUAAUGUUAAAGUCUGUAAGAAACAGCAGAAAGUCUUCUGAAUCUACGCAGAAUUGAAAUCAAAGAAAAAUUUAAAAAAUAUUGUAAACAGCGAGUCUCAAAAAGAGCAAUAACUUUAAACGGCAUUUCUCAACACCAGUAUAGCUACUAAAGCGGAUAUUGUGAUGUUGAUUACAAAUUAUACGAAAAUUGUAAUUUCUUACAAAGCGUAAAUGAAAAUUAUACAUAAAAAAACAUGAUCUUAUACACUCUUUUAAAUAAAUUCAUGUAGUUCCCAAAAUAAAAGUACUAAGGCAACCACGUAGUACUUAAAACGGGAUUUCAGAAAAGUGAACCAUGAAAAUAUUGUCAAACUCCUUGCCAUUGAAGAAGAGCAGGAAAACAAAGGCAAAGUCAUUGUUAUGGAACUAUGUACUGGUGGUAGUUUGUUCAAUAUCCUCGACGACCCAGAGAACACUUACGGAUUGGAAGAGAACGAAUUCUUACUCGUAUUAGCCCACUUAUAUGCCGGAAUGAAACACCUUAGAGACAAUAACUUAGUUCACAGGGACCUAAAACCAGGAAACAUAAUGAAAUUCAUUAAAAACGAUCGCACCACUGUAUACAAACUAACGGACUUUGGAGCUGCCAGAGAACUCAGGGAUGGUCAGCAGUUUGUAUCACUCUAUGGAACCGAAGAGUACUUGCAUCCGGAUAUGUACGAAAGAGCAGUGUUGAGAAAAAAUGCAAAUAAGACAUUCGGAGCUACAAUUGAUCUUUGGUCCAUUGGCGUUACCAUGUAUCAUGUAGCAACUGGAAAUUUGCCGUUCAGACCUUAUGGAGGCAGGCGCAACAAAGAGACUAUGCAUCAUAUCACAACCAAAAAGGAAAGUGGCGUGAUAUCCGGUAUUCAAACCAAAGAAAACGGAAUUAUUGAAUGGAAAAGGGAACUCCCGGUUAAUUGCCAAUUGAGUGCGGGAUUGAAAAAAAUAAUUACCCCCCUGCUAGCAGGUUUACUGGAGGCCGAUCAUGAAAAGAUUUGGACAUAUGAUAGGUUUUUCAAGGAAGUCGAGGCUGUUUUGCACAGAAAUGCAGUGAACAUUUUCCACGUUAACAAAUCAAUUCUGAUAAAAGUCUACAUUGACCACACUGAGACUUACAGUCAGCUCCAAGACUACAUCUAUGAGCAAACUGAUAUAAUACCGGAAAAUCAGAUACUACUUUACAAAGUAGAUUUAUUAAGCAGUUUGAUUGAAGACUAUGUAAAAGCGAGCGGGUUUCCGCAAACAACAGAGGACGACCCUCUAUUUUUAUUCUGCAAGGAAAACAACAACGUCAACAUCCCGCCUUUUCAAGAAUUGCCGGCAUUUAACGACUUUUCCACGGUAAUCUCAGUGGAAAAUGAUGCCAGCCAAGCGAAAUUUGCGUGCAGUAUCGGUCAUCAAGCUAAAAGGCAAAUCGAGAAAUAUUCACUGCACAGCAAGUUAAUAUGUGACACCAUAGAAAACUUCACCAAAUACAUCAACUCUAAUCUAAAGGACCUGAACCAGGAUGCUCAGCAUUUAUUAGACAAAACUGAAAUCUUCAAGAAAAAUGCUCAAUUAUUCCAAGUCUCCCAGUCAAUCAGUAACUAUAAUUUGAAAAUCAACAGUAGCUCCGAUCUGGACGAGAUUAGUGCAGAUUUUACAUCUGCUGUUGUUGUGGGCGUCUCUGGGUUGCACAAGCAACAUACGUUGGAAAACAACCUUAAGCUGCAAUGGGACACAUUGAGCAGAGACUUGAAGUGUCCCUUUAAGACCUUAGCUCCCGCAAGAGCCAAAACAUUCGUUGAACAUUUAAGAGACUCUUGGCAACAUUUGGUGCGAGAUAGAGCUACCAGAACGCUCUCAUAUAACGACGAACAGUUUCACAUUUUGGAAAGAAUUAAAAUCACCCGUACAAUAGGUAGCCUAAAGACACUUCUCGACACCGAAGUCUUGUCGCAAUACGAGGCACUAUCCGAGAAUUUCGGAGAUUGGUACAAGAUGGCCCAAAACGUACAUUUGAAGACUGAAAUACUGGCUGCCGACGUAGACAAAUACAAUAUAAGGCUCAAAGAUUUCGAGGAAAAAAUUACCAUUGAUAUGACUGAGUAUUCCGACUUUAUUAAGAACAACUAUAAGCCAUCGAAGAAAAGUAGCGUCGCCAAUGGGACACGAAAUCUACAAAAUCAGAAGUUGAGGAAAUGUCUCAAUGCGUACCGAAAAGAAAAUAGUGAUAUCAAAGAAAUAAUUGCCACCAACUCGAAACUGUUGUCUGUGUUGAUGGACUGUACUUUGGAGCUCAAAGACCAAUUUGCCAGUGAUUGAGCGGAUGUCAGCUCGCGGUAAUUUGACUAUUAAAAGGAAAAUACUAAGCGAACAAUAUGAUUUUAAAAGCCGUUGAAAUACCGACAAUUUCAAAUGGAAUUACUGGACGAUGCUUCGGAGUAUUAUUUUACAAAAGAGAUUACUUUUCUUUUAUUGUCAUAUUUCUAUAUGUUAAUUUGUAUAUUCGGAAAGAAUCGUGUGAUUGUACAAAUCGACUAAGGCAUCUUUGCUUUCAUAGACAUUGUUUCAUUGUUUAUAGACAUAUUUUCUUAAAUAAUUCCUGAAUGUAAUCUAAUUAUUAGAUAUUUUGAUAUUUCCUUUGAUAGUAAAAUAUGAAGCUGGAAGAUGUUUUGUAUAAAACAUUGUGUGAAAAUUAGGGACGUAAAAUUAAGCAACUUAUUGGAGGUGUUUAAACCAUAAUGUUUGUGUUGUUUAAGGUCCUCAAACCAAAAUAACGUAAGCAAAUUAUCCGUUUGUUUUGGGAAAAACUUGAAACUGUUCUGUUUUCAAUCAGGAAAAAGUUGAAAAUUGCUUUCCAAUUAAUUAUCAGAAUCUGUUGAAAUAACUGUACGUAUUGUAUUAUGAAGAAAGGUUGUUUGGCCUCUAUUUCAAAUGCAAAAGAAAGUCGUCUUUAAUUGUGAAUUCCAAUGGAAAAUGGAACAACCAUUGUUCAUUAUGAAAUUUGUGUACACCCGUCCUUCUUUUUGCAUUAGUUUAAUUGUGAUUUUAUCUUUCUAUAGUUUUUAAUUGAGUAUUAUUAAGUUCCUGGCCCGACUAGAGAAAAAUUGUAUAAUGUAGGUCAAAAAUAAUAUAUAUUUAUUUAAGAA